AUGGAAUUCUUGGAAGACUAUGAUUUUGAAAUACACUACCACCCCGGUAAGGCCAACGUUGUAACGGAUGCUUUGAGUAGAAAGUCCUUAAGCACUCUAGCCAAUCUAACAAUAAGGGAAUGGAAGAUGAGGAGGGAUGUGAGUGAAUUUGACUUGCAACUUCAUGAAUCCUCGGAACAACCCAUCCUAUUUAACACUAUGGCACAACCCACCCUUGUUGUGCUAGUAUUAGAAGCACAAUUAGGUGAUCCAGAAGUGGAUGUGAUUAGAAAAAGAAUCUGCCAAGAGAAAGAAGAAAGAGGCCUGAAAAUCUAUACAGACUCUAGUAUUCGUUACCUUGACCAGUUGUUUGUGCCUACAUCUAUGAGGAAUGAAGUGUUGCGGGACUUCCAUCACUCUCACCUUGCUGUGCAUCUGGGAGGCACCAAAAUGUAUCAUGACCUCAGCCAACAAUUUUGGUGGAGAGGCAUGAAGAAAGACGUAGCUUUAAUCGUGUCCAAAUGUCUAAAGACCUACCAUUAG